AUGGAUUCACCUGGUCGGGUCUUCUCUCGCUAUUUCUCUGUCACGGCAGUCAAGAAUAUCACCAUCGGGGGCGUCAUGAUUCCUCAACUUUUUGUCCCGCCAGUCAUGUUCGUCGGAAUGCUGUUAACUCUCUGGGCCUGGAAAUGCUUUUGGAUCAUUGUGAUGCAAGAUCGACUGAUGUAUAUGUCCUGGAUGCCUCCAUUCUCGCGGUCGGAGAAUAUGGAAGAUUAUGAGAUCGAGUGUCGGCCUGUGCGGUGGGAGGAGUCUUACUUCCGCAGCCUAGAUGGCACCAAAUUGGCCAUUUGUAUCGGCACUAUUCCCCAGGGUGAUUUUUCACCUCCAUUGUUACCUCCCCCUCUGCAGCAGCGUAAGCGACAUGUCGUGGUCUGUUAUUUCCAAGGCAAUGGGGGUUCCAUGCCACCGCGACUCCCCAUCCUCUCCACGGUGCUGCGAGCGUUAAGUUCCACACCAUCCUCCCCAAAUGCGCCACCCACUGAAUAUACACUGGUAGCUCUAUCCUACCGCGGCUACUGGAAAUCCUCCGGUCGCGCAUCGCAGAUUGGGCUUGAGCGGGACGCCCAAGCUUUCCUGGACUGGGUUGCGGAAACCUACUCGACCCCCGAUACCGAUCUCAAGGUCGUUCUCUGGGGUCACAGCCUAGGCUCUGCGGUGGUAAGCCAUACUACGCCCACCUAUCUCAACCGUUUAACCUCUACCGAGGGGGGCACUCCAGAUCAUCUGCUCUCCGGGAUUGUGUUGGAAACCCCAUCCACCAGCACUAAAGACAUCCUGAAAAAUCUGUACCCCCAGCGAUGGCUUCCCUAUCGUUAUCUAUGGCCCUUCCUCUGGAACAAUUGGAGUAGCGCUGCAGCAAUUACCCGGAUCGCUCGUUGGCGGGAUGAUGCUCCAGACGAGCGGAGACAACCGCCUGCAAUCCUGUUGCUCAUCGCGGACCAGGAUGAGAUGAUUCCGUCUACGGCAGCAGAUGAGUUAGAGCGGUUGUGUCGACAGCAUGGAUUGGACGCUGAGCGGAAGAGUGUUGCAGGUGCGCUGCAUACGGAGGCUGUAUUGAAACGUGAGGGGCGGGAAACUCUACUAGCAUUCAUUCGGCGAGUGACACAAAAUUAG